UUUUGUGUAUUGGCCUAGCUGCAAAAGUAGGUGCUGCAGGCUCCUCACUUGGUCUUGAGCCGUCCAUCCAUCAUAUCGAUGAUGGCGAGCGUGAGAACGGUGUUGUUCCUCCUCCCUCCGGUCUCCGUCCUCCUGGUGGCGGCGGUGCGGUGCCUCUGCCGCGUGGCGGCGCGCAAGCUCAGCGCGUUGGCGCGUGCUCAGUUUCCGUCCGGCGGCUCGUCGUCGUCGCCGUCGUUCCGGUACUACCUCCCCGUUGGCGUGGAGAAGCAGGGCGGCGACGCUGCCAUGCGCGAGCUGCCGGUGGCGCUGUACUACAGGAGGAGGAGGAGCUGCUGCGGCGAGGAGCAGGAUGAGGAGCAGCAGCAGGCGGCGGAGUGCGUGUUCUGCCUGAGUGUCAUCGAGGAGGGGUCGGAGGUGAGGGAGGUCAAGUGCCGGCACCUCUUCCACCGGUGCUGCCUCGACCGGUGGCUCCUGGCGCGGCCGCUGGCGACGUGCCCGCUCUGCCGCUGCCGGCUCCUGGCGGCGGCGCGGGCGCCGUGGGAGGAGGACUACGGCGAGGGGGAGGACUCGGACUCGGACAUGAUGCUGUUCAUGGCGUGCGUGCACAGCCGGAGCAGCUGGUUGUGGCCGUCGUGAUCUCGUCCGUGCCGGCCGGCGACACCACCAAACACCAGACCUUGUUGGGCUCUCCCUCUCCUAGCUAGCUUUUGCUGCCUUUUUGUUCGUUUGCCGUACACGUGUGCGCACGUGUACCGAUGUACAACAGUAGUGUGUGGGGUUGCAGACUUGCAGUAGCAUUAUUUUUUUUUGCAGACCA